AGCACUUCAUUGUGGGGAUGCGCCUGAGUUAAGUGAAGGAGGCGGGGAUUUAAAGGAAGCUAAAAGAGAAUCUUCGGUUUCAUAUUUGUGUUCGCUCCCUAUACAGGUGUUUAAGAGCGCCUAGGUGCUCCUUUUCCUGAGGAAAUCGAGGACAUUUAUUUCGAAAGUGGACAGUGGUCACAUCCACGAGAAAAGGCUUGAACUGGGGUGAUCACAAAGGUCAUGAGCAUGUGCAAGGGUUCGAUAACGACCUCUGCUGAAUGGGAUAUCAAUGACAAUAAUAUUCCCAAAGUGACAACCUUUGAUGCUUUCCAAGAGUGGGCCGAUGGACACUGCCGCUAUGUUUAUCAGCCUAACUGCGAAGAAGCGAGGCGGCAUGGCUCUGGAUGGGCAAUGCGCAACACUAAUAAUCACAAUGUGAACAUUUUAAAAAAGUCAUGCCUAGGUGUGCUAGUCUGUAGUGCCCGGUGCACUCUAGAUUCUGGAGAAAAAGUUCAUCUCAGACCUGCUAUCUGUGAUAAAGCGAGAAAAAAACAACAAGGCAAGCCUUGUCCAAAUCGAAAAUGCUCCGGCCGUCUAGAAGUGUUAGCGUGUCGAGGUCAUUGUGGUUAUCCUGUAACUCAUUUCUGGAGACACACAGAACAUGCGAUUUUUUUCCAAGCUAAAGGUAAUCACGAUCAUCCGAGGCCAGAACCAAAAGCAACAGCUGAAGCACGCCGAACCCUGCAUUCUCCUCUCCAGAUGCACCGAAGGAGCAAGACUAUUCAGGACGCUCUCAGCUUAGAGCUACAGUUUCCUUUGAAAGAAAAUAAACGGCCUGAAAUACACCCAGCUUGGAGGAGAAGCAACUCUUAUGAAAGCAACAAGAUUGCAAGAUUAGAUCAUCAUUUACAAAUUCCAAAGAAAAACGGUGAAACUCAGUGUUCCUGCCCACCCUUUGAAUGCCUGUGCUCCAAAAAUUACGCAUCGAGCUGCCGUUCUUUUUCAACCACCAAUAAAGACGAUGCUUCUUCAUAUGGAGAACUCAUGCCAAUCAGUUUUGACGGUUCUCAGACAGACUGUUCCGUGUUUCAAGCAAUCGACAAAGUCUUAGAAGAUGUCGCUUGUUCUUAUGGCCACUCAACUUCUUACAGAUUAGCAGCUAAAGUAGCCUCCGAUUUUGAUCAGGCGUACUAUAGUUCCUUCGCAGAUGGUUACGAUGCAGAAAUAGAAAGAAUGAACCAAAGUUUCUACCCUUCGUGUGAUAUUUACCACAAUCAUUCUUCAGUCAAACAAAACCAUCACCUUAUUGAAUCUCAUCUUCUAUUGCCACCCCCUCCUUUGCUUCAUCAUCCUUCUAGCGGUAAUGAGGAUAUGUCCUCAAACUUUUCUGAUGAUUGUCCACUCACGCCUGUCCAUCAGACCACUCCAGAUAAAACGGACAUGUUUCCCACAUUUCCCGAAAUUGAAGAUGUCAUCCAUCCGUCUGAUAUUCUGGUCCUAGAUCAACCUCUAAGAAAACCAGGAACAUGGGUCGAUGGAGACGGACAGACACAUCCCCAGGUUAUACUGCCUGAAAAUUAUAGUCACCAAAGUCCAGCGGAUGAGGAUAUGAAAGAUGAUUACGUUGUUACAUCCUUGGAUGAUCCCGAUGUUUCCCAAAGAUUCUUUGCUGCUAUUGACAAUCUUCUUUUACAAGAUUAUGGUAACGGAGAGAAUUUCAUACACCAAUCUGAUGGUGCGAGAGAAUCUGACAAAUGUGAUCAGAUUCAGCCUCCAUGGGAUACUAACCCAUCCCUUACGACUUUCUUUGGACCUCCACAACACCACAACAGCGAUCUAGGCUAUUCAUCUGAAUACACAGAAGCAACACCCAAAGACGAUCCCUUCCUUGACCACAGUCAUCACCAAGAGCUCAAGCUGGCAUCUAAUACAUUUAGUACUGCCUUUUCUGCUGGAAUGCAACAAUCUUCCGUUGUAUGUGGUAGGGCACUAGAACUUCCAGAGCCUGAGCUUAUUCUGCCACACAGGACAAGUGGACAGCCCAUGCCAUUUUGAAAUGCUGCUCAUGAUAACCAAAUAUCAGACUUUCUUACUUUAUAAUAAGGAAGAUGAAAAAUUUAGUGAGCAAACUUUGACACUCAAUAUAAAACAACUGAGGAAAGUCCGACAAAUGACAAAUGCUCAUUGAUUUUCCAUAUACUGAAUGGUAUUAUUUAUUUAUUCUCCAAAUUAAACUGAAUGAAUACUUUUGAAGAUAUAACAGCAAUUAUUCAGUUG